GCGAGCCUCCGUGCUGUCUACACCGAGAUCUCUGAAGAUUUUCCACUCUUUGCCGGUUUUAGUGGUUUAACCACGACACAAUGGCGGAUAAAGACGCUGCUUUUGACGAUGCUGUGGAGGAAAGGGUGAUCAAUGAAGAAUACAAGAUCUGGAAGAAGAACACUCCUUUCCUCUACGACCUGGUCAUGACGCACGCACUGGAGUGGCCCAGCCUCACUGCCCAGUGGCUGCCCGAUGUCACCAGGCCAGAAGGGAAAGACUACAGUGUGCACAGGUUGGUUUUGGGAACGCAUACUUCUGAUGAGCAGAAUCACCUUGUAAUUGCAAGUGUUCAGCUCCCCAACGAUGAUGCCCAGUUUGAUGCUUCACACUAUGACAGCGAGAAAGGAGAGUUUGGAGGCUUUGGAUCUGUAAGUGGGAAGAUAGAGAUUGAGAUCAAGAUCAACCACGAGGGGGAGGUGAACAGAGCCCGCUACAUGCCACAGAAUCCUUGCAUCAUUGCCACCAAGACCCCCACCAGUGACGUGCUGGUCUUUGAUUACACAAAGCAUCCCUCCAAACCUGACCCUUCUGGAGAAUGCACCCCAGAUCUGCGGCUGAGAGGCCACCAGAAGGAGGGCUACGGCCUCUCGUGGAACCCAAACCUCAGCGGCUGCCUUCUCAGUGCGUCUGAUGACCAUACAAUCUGCCUAUGGGACAUCAGCACAGUGCCCAAGGAGGGGAAGAUAGUGGACGCCAAGACCAUCUUCACAGGACACACAGCUGUUGUGGAGGACGUGUCCUGGCACCUGCUCCACGAGUCGCUCUUUGGGUCUGUGGCUGACGACCAGAAACUCAUGAUUUGGGACACGCGUUCCAACAACACCUCCAAGCCCAGCCAUGCAGUGGACGCCCACACCGCUGAGGUCAACUGCUUGUCCUUCAAUCCCUACAGCGAGUUCAUCCUGGCCACGGGCUCAGCAGAUAAGACUGUGGCUCUUUGGGACCUGAGGAACUUAAAGCUGAAGCUGCACUCCUUUGAGUCCCACAAGGACGAGAUCUUCCAGGUUCAAUGGUCUCCUCAUAACGAAACCAUCCUGGCCUCCAGCGGCACUGACAGGCGGCUCAAUGUGUGGGACCUCAGUAAGAUCGGAGAGGAACAGUCGCCUGAGGAUGCUGAGGACGGCCCUCCUGAGCUGCUGUUCAUCCAUGGCGGACACACAGCGAAGAUCUCCGACUUCUCUUGGAACCCCAACGAGCCAUGGGUCAUCUGCUCUGUAUCAGAGGACAACAUCAUGCAAGUUUGGCAGAUGGCUGAAAAUAUCUACAACGACGAGGACCCAGAAGGUGCUGCAGAUUCAGAGGUACAGGCAUGAGUCCAGUCUCCACGUCUCUUCAUUUGACCUGCUUCUUAAAAAUGGAUCCAUUUUCCAGCGCUGGGUGGAAACGCAGUAAUCUCUUUUUCAAACACGUUUUGGGCAGCGGUGAUUUUGUAGAAAAUUUAAUGAAUUAAAAGCUGUGCCAUGUCGUGGAGUACUUAAAGUAAGUCUGUAUCGGUCAGAUCUUCAGGUCUUUUUAGUUUUUCAGACUCAGCUCUGGCUUGUGAUGAAACCAUCACAGAUGUGUUCAGCCUUCAGAUUUGCUUUUUGAUGGUUUUAUUUCUUUCAUCCUGACUAGUUGUGCGCAAAACAUUUCUACAGAGAUCCAUUUUUAAUACAAAUUGUACAUACUUUAGGUUUUUUCUGGUAUUUGCUUGAUAUUCGUAGUAUGACUUUUCCAGAAUGUGUCACUUUUUGUGUGUUUAUUCGUUCUCUGCAUUUUUCCUGUGCUGCAUCUAAUCUCUUGUGUACUUAAGUAUAUUCAUAAUAAAAUAUUUACAGUAAAUCUA